CAGUAUGGAGGGUGUGCUUUGCACACUGGGGGUGCAUCUGACCAUGAACCACAUCUUUGCCUCCACCUUGGUUUGACAGAUUAUAGGACUUUUGUGGGGAGAAAUUUAAGUCCUUUGUGGGAAAGAUUCCUGAUUCCAUCAGAAGGGGUUAGAUUCAGUAGCUGUUAUUAUUGCAAAAUGGUUCAAACAUCAAACCCUCCUCCUCCUCCUCCUCAUCAUCAUCACCAAGCAUUGGUCUUAAAAUCAGCAAUAUACUCAAGGCUCACUGUGCUGACCCUAAUCACCAUUUGGCGAAUUCUACUUUCCCCUUACGACACCUCUGCACCCUUAAACCCUCCUUGCCUCUCCUCCACCACCACCACCCCCAACCACCCUCUUCCUCCCCAAUCUCGCAUCGAAAACUCCGUUGUCUGGGACUCCGUCUACUUCCUCCGCAUUGCUCAGUGCGGCUACGAGUACGAGCAGACCUACGCUUUCUUACCCCUCCUUCCCCUCUCCAUUUCCUUCUUCUCUCGCACCGUUUUCGCUCCGCUCAUCCCCUUCUUUGGCCAAAGAGCUGUUCUCGCUCUCUCUGCUCAUGUAAUCAACAAUCUCGCUUUCGUCCUCGCCGCGCUUUUCCUUUACAGACUUUCCAUAACUAUCUUGAAGGAUCCUGAAGUAGCAUUACGGGCUACGAUUUUGUUCUGCUUCAAUCCGGCCUCCAUUUUUUAUUCAUCAAUAUACUCAGAGAGUUUGUAUGCUCUUCUUUCUUUUGGAGGAUUGUACUACUUUGUAUCUGGUGGAAAUAAUAAAGCUAUACUUCUUCUUGCUCUCUCUGGUUGUGCAAGGUCUAAUGGGGUUCUUAAUGCGGGAUAUCUCUGUUUUCAGACCAUGCAUCGGGCUUAUCAUGCCAUAUUUCAGAAAAAGCGUGUUGCUUUGGCAUUGCAGAUUGUUACUGUUGGUGCUUUACGUAGUGCAUGCAUUUUUGCUCCAUUCAUAGCUUUCCAGGCGUAUGGCUAUUACAAUAUGUGUGUCGGACAUUCUCUUGAUGAAAUAAGGCCUUGGUGCAAGGCUAGGGUACCGCUACUUUACAAUUACAUUCAAAGUCGUUAUUGGAAUGUGGGUUUCUUGAGACAUUUUCAGCUGAAACAGUUGCCUAACUUUCUUCUUGCUUCCCCAAUUCUAUCUCUUGCACUUUGCUCAAUUGUCCAUUAUGCUAAGUCUAGGCCUCAGAACUUUUUCUCACUGGGUUUCCAAACUACUAUUAAUGAGAAGAGCUGUGGAGUUGUAUUUUUGUCAGAUGAUCUCUCAAGGUCCAAAGCAGCUGGAAUUGUGGAGAAAUCCUCUUUAGAAGAACACUUCAAUCUUAGGAGGAGAAAGAAUGUGAUUAAAGGGGAUGUUGCUAAUAUUCCCACAGAAUCUGAGCCAGCAGCUGCGCCAGGUUACUUGUCAGCAUCUGUUCUCCCAUUUGUGUUACACUUGGGAUUCAUGGCAGCCGCUGCUUUUCUUGUCAUGCACGUUCAGGUGGCCACCCGUUUCUUGUCUUCCAGUCCUCCUCUUUAUUGGUUUGCUUCAUAUAUAAUGACAUACCCUGCAAAAUGCUUUAGAUGGGGGUACAUGAUAUGGGCAUACUCUGCGGCAUAUAUUUUUCUUGGCAGUUUGCUCUUUUCAAACUUCUAUCCUUUUACAUGAUGAGGAAUAGAUAGAUAGUUGGACAGAUACUAGAUAGAUAGAUGGUGCUACCCGGAAACUGUAGUCUGUAAUACCUGUUGAGUGCAAAUUUUCAUCCCAAUUUCUUUGAAGAACUUUGUUUACCUUUUAUCUGUGUGUUAAUAUCUGUUUCCAAGCCAACUACAGAUUUUUUUUUUUUACUUUUCCACUAUUUUACUUUAUGUUAAGUUGGAGUUCAUCAUCCCACAAUUUCAACGAAUUUAUUCCACAACUUAUUUAUGCAAGAUGUUGAUUCCUAAAGGGGAUCGCUGAAGGUUCUACCUGAAUAAGCCAGAAUCAUUGGAGUUUGUUAGUGCUCUUAAGCUAAGAGAUAUUUUAAUUUUCAAUUUUAAUGUUAUUUUAUUAUAUUGUGGCUGAUUGGGAUAACUUUUCUUGGUAUGUGAAUGUGAUUUGUUUA